AUGUCCUCGAUCAAAGGCAAAGAAAGAGAAAAGCCACUAGCGUCCCUCGCAGCCGGCGCAGUGGCUGGCGGUGUCGAAAGCUUCAUAACCUUCCCGCUCGAAUCCGUCAAGACCCAGAUCCAAUUCGGGACCGCCGUCAGCGCUUCUGGCAAGCCUCUGAGUCCGUACCAAGCGCUCCGGGAGACGAUCGCGCAGCGCGGUGUAGGCGGACUGUACGCGGGAUGUACGGCCGUCGUGAUCGGGAAUGCAGUCAAGGCUGGUGUGAGGUUCACGACGUACGACCAGUUCAAGUCGGCGUUGAUGGAUGACGAGGGGAAGCUUUCGGCACCGAGGUCGAUGUUGGCGGGGCUGGGAGCGGGGAUGAUGGAAGCGGUGAUAGCUGUGACUCCAUCCGAGACGAUCAAGACCAAGAUGAUUGAAGACUCAAAGCUCGCCCAGCCUCGAUUCAACGGCAUGGCGCACGGGAUCCGGACGAUCGUCGCCGAAGAAGGAUAUAGGGGGCUGUACAGAGGUGUCGGACCUGUGAUCUUGCGACAAGGCGCUAAUUCGGCCGUUCGCUUCUCGUCCUACUCGACGCUCAAGCAGCUGGCGCAGGGGAGCGUGGUCGCUGGCUCGCAACUGCCCGGGUGGAUGACCUUUGGAAUAGGAGCCACCGCUGGGGUUAUCACCGUCUACACGACCAUGCCGUUCGAUGUCGUCAAGACCAGAAUGCAGUCUCUCAAGGCCAAGCAGGAAUAUCGAAAUGCCCUGCACUGCGCAUACCGGAUCGCGACGGAAGAAGGGGUGCUGCGGUUCUGGAAGGGGACCGUACCAAGACUGGGACGGCUGAUUAUGAGCGGAGGCAUCAUCUUUACCGUGUACGAAAAGGCAUACCCAGUGUUUGCAUCAGUAGCGCCAUGA